AUGGAUUAAAAGGAUUAAGACUCAUAAUUGGAAAUCUCGUAAUCUGAUCAUCUCACCAAUAUGCUUGUCUCUAACAAUCUAACUGAUAUCCUUUUGAAUGAUUAUUAUAGCAAAUUUAAGAAUAGUUAAAACCUACUAGAACCAUCAAUGACCAUGUCAAGAGUGUCUUAAUUGGAUAAAAACUCUGAAGACAAUUCGAAUAUUACUCAUCUCAAAGUAAUUCAGACUUCAGAACGAUUAAUACUUGAAUUGUAAAAAAAUUAAUUAUUAGAAAAUAAGUUGUUAUAAUAAUCAAAAUAGAUUUAAGAAUUGUUGGAAUAAAUAGACUCAAAAGAGUUGCAAUUACAAGAAAGCAUUCGAUAAUGUGAGUAGCUGUAAUCAUAAGUAGAAAACCAAACAAAAAUAAACAAAUUAUAAUCAAACUAAUUAUUGGAACUUAAAUUUAUAAUUAAGUAAUUACUUGACUAUUUAAGUUCCCUUUCCAAAAAGUUGAACCUCAUUGACCUAAGACAAGAAACACUUCAAUCCUCUAUGGAAAGUCUCUCUGUUCGACCCUCUUCACAGUCAAGAGCAAAGAAGUCAUAUAAUAAUCAUCAUUCCUACACAUCUUCAAGAGCAUAUUUUCAAAGGAUACUCACAGAGGAUACAUAAAACAUUUCAAUUGACAAAGUAAUGAAGGAUAAAGCCUUAAUAUUUUUGAAUGCUAAAUAAAAAUCUAAACUACAAACUGAAAAAAGCAAUAUCAAAAAAGAAAAAUACUAUAGAUCAUCCUCCAAUUUUUGGUCUAGUGUCACUGCGUCACCAAAUCCCAAUCAAACCUAAAAUAGCAUCUUUGCUAAUAAAUCAUAAACAACUGGUAAGAAAAUCGAAAAUACUCUCGCUCUAUUGAAAGCAAUAAAAUCAUAAUGCAAUCAAUUUUCAAGUUCUAAAAAACUAUGCUGAUACUCUUAGACAUGUUUUUGAAUUAUAUCAUAUACUUUAUAAUUUCUCAUGACAUUAUA